UUUCAACUAACCAAUACAAGUUCCAAGAUUCUUCCUCUUCCAAGAUAGUGGGAAUCUAGCUCCUUGGCAUGAAUAUUCAUUACCUAACUUCAACUUCCUUCAGUAAUGAGAAGAUCAGCUCAAGAAUUUAUGAAUCAAGUUCACAUUAUCUAUGGGCAAAAUUAUCAUUAUGGCAUCAAGAAAAGAACACUAUUUUCUUGAAAUCCAGAAUUGCCUAUUGCAGUUCUUUUCAACACAGCCAACGUAGACAAGAAUGGGUACAAAAAUCUUUGAAAAUUUCAGCAACAAAGGGAAAAGAAUACUUUGCAAAUGCAAAAUCAGAGGAACAGAUCACUCAGAAAUUUGAUAAAAAGAAAGGCACAGUUGCAGGUGCUGUUGCUCUAAUCAUUGGGACAAGUAUUGGUUCUGGGAUUCUUGCUCUUCCCCAAAAAACUUCCCCUGCGGGAAUAAUCCCAAGUUCAAUAGCUAUGACAAUGUGUUGGGCAUUUCUAUUAGUGGAAGCACUUGUACUAGUUGAAAUCAAUGUGGGGUUGCUCAAAAAGAACAGUGUGAAAUUUGAAGGUAAUGAGCUAGAGAUCAUCUCCAUUAGAACAAUGGCUCAAGAAACACUAGGAGAAUGGGGUGGAGUCUUUGCUACACUAACCUAUGUCUUCUUAGGGUACACUUCAAUGAUUGCUUACAUUUCCAAGUCGGGCGAAAUCCUCUGCCAUUUGAUCAAUCUCCCAGAAUCAAUUUUGGGAUUUUUCUUCACUUCCCUCUUCACAAUUCUCAUCUCUGUAGGUGGGACUAAAGCCACUGAUCAAGUCAACCAAUGUCUCACUGCACUUAUGAUAGGACUGCUCGUAGUAAUCGAGGUUCUAGCCAGUGUAUAUGGAGGGUGGUCGGAAGAUGCAGGAAACAGUGACUGGGGAAAAGUUCCACCAACGAUACCCGUCUUGAUAUUCUCUUUAGUCUACCAUGAUCUAGCUCCAGUUCUUUGUGCUUACUUAGAAGGUGAUCUGAAACGAAUAAGAGCUUCAGUGUUGAUUGGUGGUCUGGUUCCACUCCUGGCAUUGCUUAUCUGGGAUGCAAUUGCCUUUGGCCUAUCAUCCCAGCUUGAUCAAGUUGCUGACCCUGUUGAAUUGCUUCUGAGGCUGAAAUGGAGUGGAUUGUCAUAUAUGGUACAAGCAUUCUCACUACUAGCUGUGGGAACAUCUCUAAUUGGUACUCUUCUAAGUUUCUCCGAGUUUCUCAAAGAGCAAAUCAAUAAACUUGACUUGCAACCAGAUGUAUCCACAAGAUUAGAUUUACAGAGAUCAAAUUCUCAGCUCCGACUAAGCAAAUGGUGGAGAAGAAACAAUUUAGGCUUCACAGCAACAGCAAUUGCCAUUGCUCCCCCUCUUCUUGUGUCGACAACGAUUCCUGAUGAUGCAUUUUCCGCUGCUACAGAUAUAGCAGGCGGUUACUGCAUGACAAUGCUAUAUGGCGUCCUACCACCCGCAAUGGCAUGGGCUAUGCACAAUAGAGAAGGCAAGGACAAUGAAAAGAUAAUAUCAAGAGCAACACCUGUUCUUCUAUCCAUAGGACUAAUUUCUUGUGGUAUAAUUGUAGUGCAAAUUCUUCAAGACCUCUCCAUUUUGCAUUCUUGAAAUUGUACUAUAAUCAGACUGAUAGUAGACAUUGUAAAUAACGUAACUACGGAACGGAAAAGCUCCUCAAGAUCACAGAAAAGAAAAAGCAUCUUGAGACUGCAAGUUUAUCAACACCAUUCCCAUAAAAACCAAGCAAUGAUUCAUUUAAAUACAUUCUCACUCCUCUUUACAGCUGAA